AUGGCGUUGACUCGUUCUGUAGCGAUGGAUUUGGGGUUGUCUCAGAUUGGAGUAGGUGCUGGGGCAGGGAGCGGAAAGAGUGCGUCUGCAUCGGAUAUUGCAGCGCUUGGCAAGGCUCGUACUAUUGUCGACGCGCAUCUUGCGAAACAUACGUCUAGGAUCCCUUCGUUGGAUGAAACCAUCAAUGCAUCCGCUUCGACCGACUAUACGCUCGUUCCCAACGAGGCAUGGGAGCAAUUCUACAUGCGAAAAGCUGCUUCACUUCCUGAUGGAUUGUUUGAACAUAUCGAGAGUGCCCAUAACCACUCGGCGAUGGGCUUGUUGCCCGAGAUUAACUAUGUGUGGAUCGUGCUUGGGAAUAUGCUCUUGCUAUGGGACUAUGCGAACCCGAGCUCGGAGCUCGUACGGUACGAUCAACAGCCUAAUCUCAUCACCCAUGUUGGACUCGUCAAGCCCAAGCCUGGUAUAUUUGUCGAUACAAUCCAACACCUGCUCGUUCUAUGCACACCGCUCGCGGUCCAAGUUAUCGGCGUCGAAAUCACACCAACGGAAAUGAAACUGUACGAAACAGAUAUUUCACUGUCGACAGACGGGGUCGAGAUGACGUCUGUCGUGUCAUCUCAACUUGGACGGAUUUUUAUGCUUGGUGUACAGGACGGAUGCUUGUACGAGCUCACGUAUCAAGCUGCAGAAUCGUGGUUUACGAAAAAGUCGGCGUGUUUGAUUGUGCCCAAACUCGAUCAGCGAUUGCUUGUUUUGGUCUCUGACCCGGACAGAAAGUGCCUCUACGCUCUUACGGAUAGAAAUCACAUUAUAAUGUACUACCUUGGCCAGCCAGAGGACUCCCUUCGAGUUGUUGUUGACGCCAAAGAUCUUCGUGGCGCAGCUCAAUCACUUUGCCCCUCGGUAGCUCUCAACUCUGCAUCCUUCCGAAUUUGUUCCCUCAUCGUUCUCCCACCAACCGAAGCGAGCUUUGCUGUGCUGAUAGCAAUCACGACCGGCGGUGCUCGAUUAUACUUUUCUCACCAACGACGUGGCUAUGGCUCCUACGGCGCUCCGAGCACUCUUGCGCUCAUUCACGUUCGGCCACCCCCCGCUCAACUUCCCCAUCCUGAGCAACCUUACCAAAACCCGCUAUAUGGAAGGGAGCAUUUACAAGGGCUGCCCUCUGCAGCUGUAGGUGGCAUCACACGUGCAGCAUACAGAAUGGGUCUCCUUGUCGCUGUUCAAGAACUCGAAUCCGGUCCGGACAACCUUCGCAACUCGCUCUUUGUCGCCACGCCCGACUUGGGCAAAAUCGCAGCCUCCACCACUUCUGGACCGAGUUCAAACACGACCUAUGGCACGACCCGACGUCCCGUCCUAAAUGAAUACGCCUCGCUUGUCCCGACAGAGCCUCCUCGGCAGUUUAUCGCGCUUACCGAGGCUGGGCUGACGAGCUUGGUCAAAAAGCGCCCGAUGGAUGUGUUGAGGGACUUGAUCGAGGCGAGUCGCAAGGUUGGAGACCUUUCGUACGUAUCGGUGUUCAAGGAUAGCUAUGGAGUAGACCAAUUCUGCAUGAUGUGUUUUGCGCUCCUGGCUUCCAACUCUCAUUUGUCAGCGGACAACCUACACCUUCCCGGCCAGCGGAAUACAGAUGGAAUUGAUGCAGCUGUUAAUAUGAGCAAAGAGGUUCUUCUUGUUACCCAAAACCUGCUACAGCAAUUUGGCGGGAAGCCGGCUGCCGUUGAACGAGGGAUGGACGUGCAUUACGAGUUCAGCGCCCGACAUGAUGGGUUCGCGUCAUAUCUUGCCGGGCUUUUGAAGCCUAUCUGGAAGUUGAAUAUCACGAAGGCUGGCCCUGGUGGACGUCAAGUAUCUAAUCUCAGCGAAAGUGUGCUGGCCGCGAUCCAGAACGAUUUGACAAACUGCGAGAUUUUCCAUCCUCAACUCUUGCUCGCUGGGUCCGGAGAGUUCAGCGCAGCCCGUGGGGGGACUGAACAAGAGGCACUCAAGGCAGAACACACGUCGGUUUCACAACUUCAAGCGUUGCUUUCGCGCGUUAUCGAGGAUACCGUCGCUCUAUGUGAACCUUCACUCCAGCAAUCCCUCUCUAAGCUGACGUUCGAUGGACUCAUGACCACCACCGAAGGGGCGGAAAUUGCCCGAGGACUGAUUAACAAUGUUAUAAACCAGCAAAUUUCACAACAGAUUAGUGUGGACGCGAUUAGCGAGACGCUUCAACAAAGAUGCGGCAGUUUUUGCUCUGCAGCUGACGUUUUGUUGUACAAGGCUCUCGAGAGUGUACGAAAGGCCAAGGAAACGAGAGAUGCCAACGAACAGAGGACGUGUUUGAAAGAGAGCUUUAGAUUGUUCCGAAAAUGCACCUCCACACUUUCUCUUGAAAAGCUCCAAGAAGUAGUCGCCGAAUAUCGGGCCCUACGGUAUGCAAACGGGGCAGUUCAACUCCCACUUCAAUGUGCCAAGGACUGGGACCUAGACAACCAUGGCCGCGAUUACUGGUUAUCUGAACGCUUGAGUGGAGACGAAAGACGAGAAGCGUAUAAACUUCGAAGGGAAUGCUACAAGCUAGUUACAGAUACGCUAAGCGCAUUCGAUGAUGCAUACGAGCAAAGUCAGGGCAAGGAUGACGGAAGCGCUGGUGAUGCCGAAGCGGUACGCAAAAAUGCGUACCAACUCGCCCUGAGCUCCGACGACCCUAUGUUCCAUGCGGAACUGUACGAUUGGCUCGUGUCCCAGGGCCGGACCGAUGAUCUGCUUGAAAUCCGAACCCCAUAUAUUGAGGAUCAUUUGAUCAGCCAAGCUCAGCGAAACGACAAGUGGGGAGAGCUUUUAUGGCAAUUCUUCGUCCACAGUGGUCAAUACUUGCGUGCUGCCUAUGCUUUGCAAGCACUCGCCGACUCUGAGACCGAUCUAGAUCUCGAGACCCGCAUCGAGUACCUGUCCCUUGCCGUUAGCAACGCCAAAUCUCACCCUAGUUCCGAGUAUGGACAACACGAGACCGCCGUCGAGUUCCUUUCUGAUCUGGAAGAUAAACUCGAAGUUGCUCAGGUCCAACUCGAGAUUGCUAAUCUCCUUUCGCGGAGACAUGCGAUUGAGGGUGACCUGGAGUGGCGCCGCCGAUAUGAAGUCCUGACCUCUCGCUUACUCGAUAUUUCAACGCUGUAUCGAGAAUUUGCCGAGCCAGAGAACCUGCACGCCAUCAAGUUGCUAAUUCUCAAGGUUGCGGACCGCCGAGACACUCAGUUGGCAAUGUCCAUUUGGGAGGCCAUCCUUGCGGAAGCGGGAUCCCCGCAAGCGGUCCAAGAACAAGUAUCAACGCUCGCAAUGAGGUUCUUCCCCUCUGACAUUGCCUUUCCCUUGGAUUCGGUUUGUAGGCUGUUGGAUGAAUAUGCAUGGCCUAGGCGGCUCCCGCCCACUUGGGUUCCCAGCGUUUUGCUCAGCGGAGGGAUUCCAUUUGAUGCGCUUUUUGGUGCGCUGUUGGCCAUUCAUGAAUCUUCGGUACCACCGUACAAUGAUAUCGCUCGGACGAACCACGUGCUUGCUGAAAUCACCGUCCUACUCGAGACAUGGUUGGACGAACAAACUCGGCCAGGCGUGGGAUCGACUCGGGCAGAGUUCCCGGUAAACCAUCUCGAUGAGGUCGUUUCCGAGUUCAUCCUUCAUGCCAGGGCGACCGAACAACAAAAUGAGACAACCACUCGACUACUUGAUAUCCAAAGGCGGCUUCGUCGACGGUUCUGA